AUGUUGCCAAUUUAUGAUACGCCCCCACAACCUAUCUAUGAGUCCUUGUUGGAGAAGAAUUAUUUUCCACACUCCAACCUCUCUCUCUCUCUCUCUCUCUCUUUCUCUCUCUCUCUUUCUCUCUCUCUCUCUCUCUCUCUCAGAGGAGUUAUUCUUUCUGUUCACUCUCUCUCUCUCUCUCUCUUUCUCUCUCUCUCUCUCUUCUCUCUCUUUUUCUCUUCUCUCUAUGAUUUUUCACUUCUCUUUUCUUCACGUUGCUUCAAGCUUUUCCAUAUUUUGUUUUCUUUCCUUUUCACUUUUUCUUACCUUCAUUCUCGGCCUGCUUUUUUUUUUCUCUUUUACUCCUUCUUUUUCAAAGACUGCUUUCUCCCCCUUUCUGUUCGGCUUUUGUGUGUCGCUCUCCCCCCUUCUGAGUUGUGUUUGUAUGUCUCUCUCCCCCUUCAUUUUUUGUGUCACCCUCGUCCAUUUCUCUUUUGUUUUUGUUUUUUGUUUUCCUCCACGUUUCUGUUUGUUUUGUGCGUCUCUCUUCUUUAUUGUGAUUUGUUUUGUGCGUCUCUCGUCCCUUUCAUUUUAGUUUUUGUGUCUCCCUUGUCCAUUUCUGUUUUGUUUUUUUGUGUGGCUUCCCCUUCGUUUCUGUUUUGCGUCUCUCUCCCUCUUUGUGUUUUGUUUUGUUUGUCUCUCCCCCCCCCCAACUUUCUGUUUUCUUUUUGUGUCUCACCCCCUUUUUCUGCUUAG